AUGAGCAACUUGCGCCUGCAAAAACGUUUGGCUUCGGCCGUUUUGAAAUGCGGAAAGCACCGCGUCUGGCUUGACCCCAACGAGGUCAGCGAGAUCUCUGGAGCCAACUCCCGCCAAAGCAUCCGUCGUUUGGUCAACGAUGGAUUGAUUAUCCGCAAGCCAGUCACAGUCCACUCCCGCUUCCGCGCCCGCAAAUACGAAGAAGCCCGCAGAAAGGGACGUCACACCGGUUACGGUAAACGCAGAGGUACCGCCAACGCCCGUAUGCCAGAAAAGAUCCUCUGGAUUCGCAGAAUGAGAGUGCUCAGAAAUCUCCUCAGAAGAUAUCGUGAUGCCAAGAAGCUCGAUAAGCACUUGUACCACGACUUGUACCUCCGCUCCAAGGGUAACAACUUCAAAAACAAGAAGACCCUCAUCGAGUACAUCUUCAAGAAGAAGUCUGAGAACAAGAGAUCUAAGCAGCUCGCCGAUCAAGCCCAGGCUAGACGUGAGAAGAACAAGGAGAGCCGCAAGCGCAGAGAGGAGAGACAGCUCGUGAAGAAGGCUGAAUUGUUGAGAAAGAUCUCGCAGAGCGAGAAGACCAUCGCCGGAAAGUAA